AUGAUUAUUCCCGUGAGAUGCUUUACAUGCAAUAAACUGAUUGCCAAUGUGUAUGAAGAUUAUCUGCAGCUAUUAAGAGAUGGGAUGCAUCCAAAUCAAGCUCUAAACAAGAUAGGAAUGGCAAGGAUCUGUUGUAGAAGGAUGGUUCUUGGCCACGUGGACAUAGCAGACUUGCUGCUUAAAUUUGAGAAUCCAAAGUGA